CAAAAAUAUUCCGAAAAGCAUCAAAAAGGAAAGUAGACCUAACGUUUUCUUCACCUCCACGGCGUUAAGAUCAGCUUCAGCACAAAAUUUCAUGUGACACAUAACCAGGAGAGUGAAUCACGAAAACGAAAAAUAUGGCUCCUGUAUUCCUUCGAGCUUUCAUGACGGUAACCAUGGCAACAGCCAUUAUUUGUUUUCUUGUUUUUAACGGAGGAUUUGAUCGUGCAUUCACAGAGACAGGGCUGAAACACUAUGCUGAGAGAGCAAGUCCCAUUUUGAAGAUGGUGCUACCGAAAUGGCUUAAAAUGCCACUGAAUACACUGGUGAACUUUGGAUAUAUCAUAGUGGGAGCGUACUGGUUAGCAGUCGUAUUUAACCAUCAUGACAGAGAACAGAUUACUGAAACUGAUGCCUAUACAUUCUACGUGUUCAAUUUCAUGGCCUGUAUUUAUGGUCCGAUCCAAAUGAUACGGAUUGUUACGGAGCAACAUCGCUAUGCGAUUUUGGAUCAGUGGGUAACACUGCCGUUUUUCAUGUGGGUGUAUAUAUGGGGACGAUAUCUUUCCAAUGGCUGGAGUAAUUUACGAGUCUACGUUGCCACAGCUUUGUCAGUGUCUAGCUAUACUCUGACUCUGUAUUACAAGAUUGGGUUUGAAAUUGCACUUGGUCUACACAUUGUGUUAGCGAUCACUGGAGCUGCUCUGUCCUAUCGAAAAUAUUCGACCACAGAGGCACAUAAACCAUUUUUGUGUGCAUUGCUUAGUUGUACAGGGUUUGUUGUCUUAAAAUUACUAGAUCUACAUCUUUCAAGUUUACAUCCAGUUUUUACGAAAGUGUCUGGGCAUUUUUUAUCAAAAGUAGGGGACGUUUUACAAAUACAUUACGUCAACAAGUUUUUUAUGGCUUUAACUUACAGAAAAAUUGAUGCUGAAACAAAAAAAUCCAAAUGAGAAAAAAAUCGUGAACUCAUCAGAAUUUUUUAUUGAAAAACGAUAUAUUUGAACUGUAAUUUCCUUAAGUUUGACUAUGUCGCUGCUGACCACAUCAAAGACACACAAGUCUUGUUUUUUUACUCCUUCCGACACCAGACCUCACAGUCAUGUCACUUUACUCUCUGAGACAUCAGACCCCAUAGUCAUGUUACUUUACCCUCUGAGACAUCAAACCCCAAGGUCAUGUUACUUUACUCUCGGAGACACCAGACCCCAUAGUCAUGCUUCUUUACCCUCGGAGACACCAGACCCCAUAGUCAUGUUACUUUACCCUCGGAGACAUCAGACCCCAUAGUCAUGUUACUUUACCCUCUGAGACAUCAGACCCCAAGGUCAUGUUAAUUAACCCUCUGAGACAACAGACCCCAUAGUCAUGUUACUUUACCCUCGGAGACACCAGACCCCAUAGUCAUGCUUCUUUACCCUCUGAGACACCAGACCCACUUUACCCUCUGAGACACCAGACCCACUCUACCCCCAGAGACAUCAGACCCCACGGUCAUGUUGCUUCACUACCUUCGACAUCAGAAUCAGCAGUCAUGUGACAUCAGACUCUGUGGUCGUUCUACUUCAAUGAAAUUGACUAAAACAGCAAAAUACAGAUUCAGGUCUUGACCACCUGUACCCUCCUGUGACACACCUGGGUACUAAAUAUGGAAAAGAAGGCGGGGCUUUACUGUUGAUUGGAUACCCUGCCCUACCAUUGAUUCCAAACAUCGCUGCCAUAGGUAAGAGCCUUACCAGUGAAACCACAUCCCUAAUGAACCCCCAACCCUGGUGAACCCCCAUUCCUGGUGAACCCAUUACCUGGUGAACCAUCAUCCCUGGUGAACCCCCAUCCCUGGUGAACCCCCAUUCCAGGUGAACCCAUUCCUGGUGAACUCCCAUCCCUGGUGAACCCCCAUUCCUGGUGAACCCCCAUUCCUGGUGAAUCCAUUACCUGGUGAACCAUCAUCCCUGGUGAACCCCCAUCCCUGGUGAACCCCCAUCCUGGUGAACCCAUUACCUGGUGAACCAUCAUCCCUGGUGAACCCCCAUUCCAGGUGAACCCAUCCCUGGUGAACCCCCAUCCCUGGUGAACCCCUAUUCCUGGUGAACCCAUUCCUGAUGAACCUAUUCUGCAUGAACCCAUUACCUGGUGAGCCACCACCCCUGGUGAACCCCCAUCCCUGGUGAACCCCACAUCCCUGGUCAAAGUUGUCCAUUGAUGACGUCGGCCAUAACAUAGAUCAAUACAAUCAUUUGAUUACAGUGUACUUUUAAAUUAUUGUCUGAUUGAACUUUUUCCCCAUUUUGAAGCAGACUGAUGGUACAUGUAUCAUUGAUGCAGCUAGUGUGUUCUGCUGCAUUCCUGUUGUGCAUUAAAUUUGACAUGCAAUUUUAUACCUCAGUAGCUUUAUCAAGAGAAAUGGUCUAAUCAUUGUAUCAGGUAAAGAAAAUAAAUUUGUCCAUAACUUAUAAUUAGUACUCUAUUGAUUAUACUUAAAGAAACUAAUGUUGUAAACUUAUUUUUGAUCUGUCUUCGUUUUGCAACAUUAAAAAUACUUAAUAAGUUUGCACCUCUGCUUUUAGUUUGAAUGAUAAAUCCAAGAGGAACAUA